CCUUGCAUAAAAUUGAACUUGGAACAGAAACAAAAGACUAGUAGAAGAAACCAAAACGCCGUCGCAUUGUUCCCUUAACCCUGAAUAUGGAAGAUAGAGGAAACCAAGAACAACACCAACACGAGCAAGAAGAGGAAAUUGUUUGCUUGGACGAAUCGUUCUUCAUUAAUGACAAUUACCAACUAACGAAAUUCACGUUUGGUUCUCUAGAUAUUCAGCUCUUUUGUCUGCAUUCUGCUUCCACUGAUUUUGAUUUGACAGGACAGCUGGUGUGGCCUGGAGCCAUGUUGAUGAAUGAUUAUCUUUCAAAAAAUAUUGAGAUGCUUCAGGGUUGCACUGUCAUUGAAUUAGGUUCUGGUGUUGGUGUUACAGGAAUACUUUGCAGCAGAUUCUGCAAUAAAGUUGUGAUGACAGACCAUAAUGAAGAAGUUCUCAAGAUCUUAAAGAAAAAUAUAGAGCUACAUUCACGUCCUGAAAAUAUUAGUUCUACUUCUCAUGGAUUAGUUGCAGAGAAACUCGAAUGGGGGAACAUUGAUCAGAUAAAUGAAAUAUUACAAAAACAUCCUGGAGGUUUUGACUUCAUACUUGGAGCUGAUAUUUGUUUUCAGCAGUCAAGCAUACCUAUGCUUUUUGAUACUGUUAAACAGCUCCUGCAGGUUAGAGAGGGCAGAAAAUGCAAAUUCAUUCUAGCCUAUGUAUCCCGAGCGAAGACCAUGGAUUCAAUGAUUAUUACCGAAGCUUCUAAGCUUCAGUUGCAGAUGAAAGAAGUGCCUGGAACUCGGAGAAUUAUUCAGAACCUUGAAGGAGUCAUCUUUGAAGUUAGUCUUGAGUAGCAGCACUAACAUAGUUUGAAUUUUCAGAAACAAACAUCGCAGGUGACUCUGAUAUGUUGAAGAUUUAGCAAUGCAUGGUAUUUCUAUUCCAACUCAAAGCUACUCUCCUCUGCAGCCAGCAUGGUCUAUCAGAAAUCCCAUGGACUUGAUAUGGUGAAGAUAAAGAAAAGAACAUGCAAGAAAGAAAGCCUAUCUUGUAGACUGUAUCUUCCAAAACAUAAUUCUCUAUUUGAAGGGAUACAUAACCAAUCACAGAAGAUUUUCAAGACAAUCUGCUUGAGAACUUUGAGAGUUUAGGAGGAGGAAUGAGGAAUUCAUGUUGUUUUAACAAAAUGUUAUCACACAUUUUCAGCCUUAUUUUUUCAACGAAACAAUUAAUUUGUCUCAGUGC